CUGAUAGUUUAUUUUGUUCGUAUCACACAAGCCGAGCCAUGCCUCGUGAUUUUAAAAUAGUCGUACUGGGCGCAGGUGGUGUGGGCAAGUCGUGCCUUACCGUUCAGUUUGUUCAAGGAAUUUUUGUGGAGAAGUAUGAUCCCACCAUAGAAGACUCGUAUCGCAAACUUAUUGAAGUCGACAACGAGCAGUAUAUGCUAGAAAUAUUGGAUACGGCCGGUACUGAACAAUUCACGGCAAUGAGAGAUCUCUACAUGAAAAAUGGACAGGGUUUUGUGCUCGUUUAUAGUAUUAUUGCACAAUCUACAUUUAACGACUUACCAGAACUUCGAGAGCAAAUUUUGCGGGUGAAGGAUACGGAUAAAGUUCCGAUGAUUCUCGUGGGAAACAAAUGUGACCUCGCGGAUCAGCGCGUCAUUACAUCUGAACAAGGCACCAACUUGUCUAUUCGUUUUGAAUGUAAAUUUCUCGAGGCCUCUGCCAAGACGAAGACCAACGUAGAUGCCAUAUUCCACAACUUGGUGCGUCAAGUAAACCAGCUCAUGCCUCAGGAGAAGAAGAAGAAGGUUGACAGACGAGGUGGAUGCAUGUUAAUUUAACAUAUUUUAUGAAAAAGAGUUUAAUAAAAAUGCGUCGUGUGUCAUUUAGUCGUUA